AUGUCAUUUGCAAACUACGAUCUUGAAGCACACAAGCCAAAUGGGAGGGAUGAACCAAUUCCAACUUCCAAGCAAGCUACUCCACACUUAAAUGAAGCAUCAAAGAAUCUUGCUGAAUUUAUUAGUAAUGUGGCCGCCUUUGACAAGUUACAGAAACAACUUGGUUCCAAGAGAGAUAACAGCAACUUGAGGCAGUCCAUAGAGGGUGUGAAAAAGAGAAUUAAAGAUUCUCAAACAAAAAUUGAGGAGAAUAUAGAAAGUCUUUCAUCCAUCUCAAGACAUGAAAACAAAGACCCCAAGUUUCAUUUUACUGAAGAACGAUUAAAGAAGCAAUGGGAUCAAGUUCUACAAAAUUACAGGUUAAUUUAUCAGUCGUAUGUUGAGAAAGUUAAAUCUGUUACAGUUAAAGAGGCAUAUGAGAAGAAUGAAAAAGAGCUUCAACAACUUGACUCUGAAAGAACUCCUCUUUUAAAUGGAAACUCGGUAACUGGAUAUGAUAAUACGGAAGAGCAGGAAGAUGAUAUAAAUAACAGCCAGAGUCAAUUGCGAAGUCAGGUUCAGAAAAUUUCAGGCAACCAGUUGGCAUAUCAUGAGGAUGUGGUUCAUGAAAGAGAACAAGCAAUUAACCAUAUCUCAAAGGGAGUUCAAGACAUAAAUAAGAUUUUCAGUGACCUCAACGAGGUUGUCAAUCAACAGGGAGAACAAAUUGAUACGAUAGAAAGUAGUAUGAAUGAUUAUGCCAACAAUAAUGUGUUGGCACAUCAGGAAUUGGUCAAAGCUAAUGAAUAUCAGAGAAGGAAACGAAAAUGGAGCUGUGUGCUUUUACUUGCUUUGGUGAUUAUUCUACUAAUAGUAUUAGCUAUCAUAAGCUGA